CAUCCCUCGCCCUCGCCCGGUCUCGUGUCCACCUCGCGUUGCUCUUCCUCGUCUUCUCUUCCCCUCCCCGCAAUCUGCUUUGCGUGCCCCCUUCUCCUCUACCCUCUGCAUAGCUAGACUACUGCCAACCGCAAUCAUGCCUGGCGGCGGCGCAGUCCUCGCCGCGACGUCGGAUAUCAACCGCGUCGAGGCCCCGACGACAUGGAAGACGUACUUGAUGUGCGUCUUCGCGUCGUUCGGCGGUAUCUUCUUCGGCUACGACUCCGGGUACAUCAACGGUGUCACCGCUGACAACUACUUCAUCCACUCCGUUCAGCCCAACACCCCUCUGACCCGUCCCGAUGGCGUGGCCACCACUCUCACCGGCCCCAACCAGUCGCUCAUCGUCUCCAUCCUCUCUGCUGGUACUUUCUUCGGCGCCCUCAUUGCUGGCGAUCUUGCCGACAUCAUCGGUCGCAAGUGGACCAUCAUCAUUGGCUGCGGUAUCUACAUCGUUGGUGUCAUUCUCCAGGUCGCCCAAACCUCUGGUAUCGGUCUCAUCGUCGCUGGUCGUCUGAUUGCUGGUUUCGGUGUCGGCUUCGAGUCCGCCAUUGUCAUCUUGUACAUGUCCGAGAUUGCCCCGCGCAAAUUCCGAGGUGCCAUCGUGUCCGGCUACCAAUUCUGCAUCACCAUCGGUCUGAUGCUUGCGUCUGCCGUCGAUUACGCCACCUCCAAGCGCACCGACCGCGACCAAUACCGCAUUCCCAUUGCCAUCCAAUUCGUCUGGGGUGUCAUCCUUGGUGUUGGUCUGAUCUUCCUCCCCGACUCGCCCCGUUUCUUCGUCAAGCGCGGCCGUGUCGAGAAGGCGCGUAUUGCCCUCGCCGCCGUGCGCGACCAGCCCGCAGACUCGGAAUUCGUCGAGGCCGAACUCGCCGAAAUCAUUGCCAACGAGGAGUAUGAACGCCAAAUCAUCCCCAGCGGCAGCUGGGCCAAAGGCUGGAUCAACUGCUUCACUGGCUCCCUCUGGGAGGCCAAGUCCAACGUCCGCCGUACCAUCCUCGGAACGUCGCUGCAGAUGAUGCAACAGUGGACCGGUGUCAACUUCAUCUUCUACUUCUCCUCCACCUUCCUUGCCUCCACCGGCGCCGUCUCCAACGUUUUCUUGACCUCCUUUGCCUUCACCAUCGUCAACGUCGGCUCCACCCCGAUCUCUUUCUACACCAUCGAGAAGUUCGGCCGUCGCCCGUUGCUCGUCUGGGGUGCCUUGGGCAUGUUGAUCUGCCAGUUCCUCGUUGGCAUCAUCGGUGACACCGUCGGCUUCAACCACUCCCACAUUGUCAACGGCGCCACGCGCGCCAACAACGUCUCCGCCGUCGAUGCGCAAAUCUUCUUCAUCGCCCUCUUCAUCUUCAUGUUCGCCAUGACCUGGGGUCCGGGCGCGUGGGUGGUCAUCGGCGAGAUCUUCCCGCUCCCCAUCCGCUCCCGUGGUGUCGCCCUCUCCACCGCCUCCAACUGGCUCUGGAACACUAUCAUCACCGUCAUCACCCCCUACAUGGUCGCGCCGGACGAGGGCAACCUCAAGUCCAACGUCUUCUUCAUCUGGGGCGCUCUGUGCACUGGCGCCUUCAUCUACGCCUACUUCCUCAUUCCCGAGACCAAGGGCCUCACCCUCGAGCAAGUCGACAAGAUGUUCGAGGAGACCACCCCGCGUACCUCGUCCAAGUGGAAGCCCACCACCACCUUCGCCUCCGAAAUGGGCAUCAAGGAGGGCGAGAAGCUCGACCAGGCCGUCGUCGGCGACGUCGAGCGCCGCGGCUCCGCCUACUAGAAGAGAGACGCACACAGCCCCUCGCCAUGAGAAAACUCCCCUAUACCCCCGCGCGCUUCGGAGAGCGAGUGUGUUGCUGAGCGGAAUCAUGCGAAGUCGUGUCGUCUGCUUUUAGUAUCGUUGCUGUCGCUGUGGUCGUUUGCUGCGCUCAUUUUCCUCUCUCUCUCGCUUUUUAUCUGGCUGGGUGUUCGGUGCGUGUGUAAUGAGGUGUGGCCUUUUGCAGAUCUGUGGUGAUUGCAAGGGGAGUGGUGGAUGGAUGCUCGGCACUUAGGUAGAUGCGAGAGAGACGAAAUGAAUCCCCUCAUUUUCCAACCACUUUGAUCGUCUUCUCAGCUCUUGCUUAUCGUGCGCGGUGUAAAUUCAUCCCUCACGUGACCAUAUCCUCACGUGCAAGUUUUGUCAGUCAUCCGCGCCCGGGCCCUCGGGAGACUCAUCCAUCCCCGUGAGCCGCAUGCACUCCGUCCAUGAGUG